AGGCAACACAUCCCAUUCUUUGCGAAACAUGAAACAACUCUUACCUCUAUUUUUAAUCCCGCUUGGCGCGACGGGAAUGGUAACCAGCGAUGUAACGCGAAGUCGUCUUUCCGAGGCGUUCUUGUCGCCCUCUGGCAAACUCACACUGUCACCUGAAAUCGUUAUCCCGGAGCCCACCGAUCCAACCGCCAUUCUACUGCAAACGAAUGCAGUCCAAACCUUGUCUUCACGAAUUCGUGCUUGCAAAGCCAACGCUGCCUUUCUUCAGGGAAGUGUAAAUGCACUGGCUACCUUUUCGGCAGAACAAGAGACGGCGCGAGGAAACUUCCCUGGACCCAUUCCUAUCAUUUUUUGCCUUCAGGGAUCCGAAUUUGAUCUGGGCGCUAUUGCAGAGAGUGGAGCAGACGGCGUGAUGAUUCCUGUAUGUAGUGGGAACGAAAUCGAAAAUCUGGCUGAAAUUGCUACCGAUUCGACAUUUACCGACACGUGCAAGGCUGCUUGGGCCUGUGGUCUUCAGCCGAUCCCAGAAGUCACGGUUGGACAAAAGACUGCGUCCACAUGGAGUGAACAAGAUUUUGAAAACAUGGUGGCACAGCUUUCCGAAGCUGCCGGUAACGAGCCGGUCACGGUCUUACUCACCGUAAAUCCUAUUGACGAGGAGCAAGUGGACCCUGUCACAUUACCGACCGUCCCUAAAGCACUGGGUAGAAAAGUGCCGAUCCUUGGAUCGGUUCGUGUCACCGCAGGCGAAAAUCGCUUAGGGGCCGAGACGAAUCGCUUCAAAGAGGAUGGAUUUACCGGAGCUCUUCUUCGUAGCGACUGUGUUCCCGGCUUUCGUAUGCAGCCUGACUUGGAAAUUGUGAGUCAAUUUUGGGCCGCCUGCAUAAGUGACUUGAAAAGCACCAAGAGCAAAUCAUUUUCAUUCCGGUCAAAGAACAAUAUGGAGAAGAACGUGAUGACGCAAUGGGGUAAUUAUCAAAAAAGCGUCGUUGAGUCGGGCGCCUUGGGUGACCCCGACGAAAGUUUUUCCGCUUUGGACGAGCAAGCCGGCGACUACAAGGGCUUUGCGUAG